AUGUUCAAGCCUGUUGUUCUUUUCAGCCUGCUUCUAGCUGCAGCAACUGCCGCUCCCACCCCCACCGACGACCUCGUUCCUCGAUCCUGUGGCACUCUCGGCCCAUCCGUCAUUGAUGUGCUGCGAGUAUCGACGCCCGACAAUGCCUCUCCGGGCCAGCAGUUCACGGUCAGCCGCGCCGGGUCUCCCGUGUACAACACGCAGGUCGCCGCACUGACAUUCAACUACAUCCCCGCCGGGGCUACAGGCUGCAUGCUGGAAAUCGACAUCCCAGCCCUCGCGCAAGCCAACCAGAUCGCCGAGGGAGCCACCCAGGUGGACAUCUGGUCCACGGACCCCUGGGACUAUAACUCGCUGCCUACAUGGAACAAGCCCCCGAAGAAGAGGGAGAUGGUGGGCACGUACAUCUUCCCGACGCAGCCGACGACGGCAGAAUCCAAGACCAUCAUUGCCUCGAAUACCUGCUCGGAUCCGAUGAGCUUCCUGGUGGAACUGAGUGGAUGGCAAAGCCAGAGUGGCAGUGUCAACUUUUAUAACACGCUGGGUGGAAAGCAGGGACUCGUGCCGAUUGGAUUCAGGAUGAUCUUCAACUGUUGA